UUCUCAGCAGCACUUUCAGUUUCAUUGAACAGUCCGAUGCAUCUAAGCGCACGUCACACUGCACUACACUUUACUACGAUACAGUAAAAUAAAGUACAGUACAAUACAAAACUUCGUAGAGUACAAUACACUACAAUAUAGUAGAAUAGAGGACUUCGUCGAGGCUCCGAAGAGACGACACGUUCGGUUCGGCCAGUCCAGACAACUGUAUGUAUGUACAAUGAUUUCCCACUGUUUACCGGCCUCGAGGUGCAUAAAAGGUACGUCUGGUCCAUCAUGGCAGUUGGUCAUCAGCUUCAGUCAUCAUGGGUUGCUGGUAUCCCCGCCGGCCUUCUUGCUCAAGGGGUCUAGAGCUGGAGGAUUUGGACUCUUUGUUACUCUUGCUAUUGUUAUUGUUAGUGCUGCAUCAUGGAUGAAAAACCAGCAAGUUCGUUCAGUGCGAACGUCGAGCGACUCUCCGUACACGCGCUGCGAGCGCUGCCAGGACGCGCAGUGCGGCGCUCUGCUCCGAAGUGUGUGGCGGUCCGACGGCGUCAGCGACUUCCAGUUGUGGUCCUCGGGCGGCGGCGACACGCUCGUCCCGGACUGCUCGACCAUCUCUCCAUCUCCCGCUACUAGCAUUGUGUGCCAGAGUCACCUUGUCGUUUACCUCUUCGCAAAGGAGUCCGACCCGCCCAUUAAGUUUCACUUUGAAGGAAAGACCGGGAAUUAUCUCACUUCCGAAGCAGUAGACUGCCCCGAAGUAACACAGAAAUUACGUGCCAUGCCACAUGGAGGCGCUGCUCCACCUAUAACAUCCAUGGCCUCCUCCGCACCAAAAGCUGGUUUUAGAAAUGCCGUAUGUGCAGGUGAGCUGGAUAAAAAUCUGUAUUUGUAUUCUUAUUGCUUUGUUGUUGUGCGCGCACGCGCUCGAUCGCUCACUGAUUUACUUUCAUUCAUCGUUUCUCCAAGCCAGGCUCGUGGCGGUUCGUAGCCUAUCUCUGAGGCACCGGGCGCAAAGUAAAUUUCAGUACACGCUGGAGUCCAUCUAUGGGUAGCCUCGUGCACACACACACUCACUCACAUUCACACAGUAUGGGCACACAAGCGUCACCCAUUCACCCGAAACGCGUGUCUUUGGACUGUGGGAAGAAACCGGAGCAUUCACGGGAGAACAACGCGGACAGGUGGAAAACAUACAGACUUCACACAGCUUGAGCUGGACUCAAACCCACUCCUAGCAGCCCAGGCGCUGCGUGGCACACGAGUUUUAUCAGUGUCAGAGAAAAAAAAUCCACCGGGAUGCCUUCAGAAAAAUUUAUUUAAAAAAGAGAAAAAAAUGCGUAGAAAGUAAAAUUAGUAAAUUACUGAGUAAUGAAAACCAACACAAAAAAAUGAUUAAAUAUUAUAUUUUUAUAACUGACCUUUUAUCCCCUCUGCAGUGUUUGUAGCUGUUGCCAUAAUUGGAGGUGCAGCAAGAUGAUAAUGCAGCUGAACCUGAAAUCAGGUCACCUGGAGAUGUUCUGAAGACCUCAAAAUAGGAAGUCGCCAGUGCUGAUGUGCUGAGCACUUUGGAGCGCGAGGGGUGAGCGAGAAAUGAGUGGAGAGACUUGAUUCCGCAGAACAUCACUGGAUUGGAGACACACUCACUUGGACAGGAUGUCGAAUCAGCACCUUUCUGGAAAAGAUAUCCCACUUGGUCCAGGGAGAGACAGCAGGAGUCAAGGUUUUUGCUGUGUCUCUACGGAAAAGACCUGAUAUAUUGUGGCCCGCGGCGAUCUGGGUUCGCACGUGACGCAAAGCGACGCGCGGAAACCGUUCAUUCAUUGUGAACGUUAUUGGAACACCGGCACACUGCGGUAGAUGUCUGUGAGUAUUGAGCCUCAACAUAGGCCAUUUAUUUGAUUCGAUUGACUCGAUUACCUUAGACUAAAAACGACCUUCGCGGGUAAGGGCUUCAAAAACUCCCAAGAGUCCCAUUAUAAUAUUAGUUAGUUAGCUUAGCUAACGUAACUUGGGCAGACUAGUGUAGCUGAGACUUUCCCGUUUUAUUCGGGAGCGGGGCACCACCACAAAAAUAGAUAUGGCACAAUAAUAAUAAUAAAAAUAAUAAUAAUAAUAAUAAUAAUAAUAAUAAUAAUUAGAAUUAUUAGAAGAAUCCACAUGAAGGCACAAUCACUUUUCUCAAAUAGGCUACAAUAAAGUGGUAAACACUGAAAUGUGAGGUUUUGUGAAUUGUGAUGUGCAUCCCCCCUCCUCCGACUGGUUCUUGGUCCCCUCUGUGCCCCUUCAUUUAAAAAAAUCCUGGAAUCGUCCCUGUUCGGAGUUAUUUAUAUCACUCAUUAAAUUAUCAAUAGGUAGGUGGAAAAAGAGGUAUUUUAGAAGCUAUUGUGAUAUAACGCUAUGAUCAUAUUCUGCUAUAAACAUUGUGUGUACAUAACAGCGAAACGAGGUCCUUUUUAAGCAGUGCUAUUGCUGUGCAGAUCAGUGCCAAUUUCGCGCACUUUCGCGAAUCAGUUGCGUUCAUAACGGUGCGCGAAACACCGCAGGUGGUGGGGUUUUGUGCCGUUGAGCGCGAAUUUACGAAUUUUGUGUUGCUGUGUUUUGAAGCAAUUUUUUUUUUAUCUGCGAACAUGUUACGCGCAGCUUCGCCAAAAUGAGUUCGUUUUCGUAGUGAUUCCUGCCCAGCGGUAGGGAGCCAGUACUGUACUGUACUGCACUGUACUGUAUGUAUGCGGAAUUGCACUGUACUGUAUCUGUGCCGCAUUGUACUGUAUGUGUGUGGCACUGUACUGUAUCUCUGCCCCACUGCACUGUACUGUAUGUGUGCGGCAUUGCACUGUACUGUAUCUGUGUCGCACUGUCCUGGCACU